AUAGGUAGUCCUUCAUCACUCAUACUGUCAUCUACUGUUAAAUAUAAAAUAACUAAAAGAGAAAAAGAAGAUAAUAACUUUCGAGUUCUGCAAUGAAGACGAAGUUUGUGCAUAGGGUUCUGAGGGCUAUCUGAGGAUGGGGAGGGGUUUAAUUGAGAGAAGGGAGGAGGAGAAGUAAUAUGCACGAGAUUUAUGGAGUUUCCAAUUACCCCGCCUCCAGUCCCGACAACAAGCCCGAGAGGCCGCACUUGCUGACGACUAAAUCCAAGGCUGUUUAUGAUAGCCCCAGGUCCGCCGCCGCCUCCGAAUGCCUGUUCCCUGCUGACCCAGACUGCGUCUACGCCUCUUUCCCCCCUGCUCCUUCCAAACCGCUGCGGCACGAGCACAAACCGCCGAGUUUGAGCGGAGCUGCUGCUGCUGCUGCGGCGGAUUCCGACAUGCUCGAGCCCAUGCUGCCCAGACUUAAACCCCCCGAGAGGGAACUGAAUCCCUUUCCGGCUCCUUGCGUUUCCUCGUCAACAUCUACUGCACCUGAUAAAUCUAGUAAUGUACGAGAAACCCGAGGUUUUACUAAUUCUUGGAUUCGUGUUUUGCUUAGUGUAAUUUGUAUAGUUUCUGUAUCACACGCAGUGUAUUUGCGGGGCAUAGUUGCUAAACUUCAGGAGGAGAAUGCCAGCAUUCACAUAUUAUGUAGACAUAGCAAUACCUUUAACAAUGGCAGCAUAGGCAAUUCUGAGCUUGAAAAUAAUACCCCUCCUCUGUUGUACUUUGGAGAUGCUAACCGUAGAGCUGCUGCUCUGUACACAGUAGUUUUUACCUUAAUUACGCCAUUUCUGUUGUUCAAGUAUCUCGACUGUUUUCCUCAUUUCAUGAUCCUCUCGAAGCUAACAAAGGUUAACAAGGAGGAGGUUCCGGUGAAAAAAAGGAUUGCGUAUAUGGUUGAUGUGUGUUUCUCAAUUUACCCUUAUGCCAAGCUCUUGGCACUUCUGUUUGCCACUUUCUUUCUAAUUGGAUAUGGAGGUCUGGCAUUGUAUGCUGUCAGCGAUAGGAGCAUUACCGAGUCCCUUUGGCUCUCUUGGACCUUCGUAGCAGACUCUGGGAAUCAUGCUGACAUGGUUGGCAUUGGGUCGAGGAUUGUUUCGGUUCUCAUAAGUUCAGGGGGAAUGCUUAUAUUUGCCAUGAUGCUCGGACUUGUUUCAGAUGCUAUAUCGGAGAAGGUGGAUUCUCUACGAAAAGGCAAGAGUGAGGUCAUCGAAAUCAAUCAUAUUCUUAUUCUUGGAUGGAGUGAUAAAUUGGGAUCACUGUUGAAACAGUUAGCGAUUGCAAAUAUGAGCAUUGGUGGAGGGGUUGUUGUUGUGCUUGCAGAGAGAGACAAGGAAGAAAUGGAGACGGACAUAUCAAAGCUAGAAUUUGAUUUCAUGGGAACUUCAGUUAUUUGCAGAAGUGGCAGUCCUCUCAUACUUGCUGACUUAAAGAAGGUGUCUGUCUCAAAGGCCCGUGCCAUCAUUGUCUUAGCAUCUGAUGAGAAAGCUGAUCAGAGUGAUGCACGUGCUUUAAGGGUUGUGCUCAGCCUGAUAGGAGUAAAGGAAGGGUUGAGGGGUCAUGUUGUCGUUGAGAUGAGUGAUCUUGAUAGUGAACCCUUGGUGAAGCUUGUUGGCGGAGAUCUCGUUGAAACGGUUGUUGCACAUGAUGUCAUUGGACGGUUGAUGAUAAAGUGUGCUCUCCAGCCUGGCCUUGCACAGAUUUGGGAAGACAUCCUGGGGUUUGAAAACGCGGAGUUUUACAUUAAAAGAUGGCCGCAACUGGAUGGUCAAUGUUUCAGAGAUGUGCUUAUUUCUUUCCCAGAUGCAAUUCCAUGUGGAGUUAAGGAAGCUGAAAAUGGUGGGCAAAUUAUUAUAAACCCUGAUGACAGCUAUGUACUAAAAGAAGGCGAUGAGAUCCUUUUUAUAGCUGAAGAUGAUGAUACAUAUGCCCCAUCUCCAUUGCCUGAGAUACAUGGAUGUGGUUUCCCCAGGAUUAUUGACCCUCCAAAAUUUCCAGAGAGAAUAUUAUUCUGUGGUUGGAGGCGAGACAUUGAUGAUAUGAUUAUGGUAUUGGAGGCCCUCUUGGCUCCAGGGUCAGAACUGUGGAUGUUUAAUGAGGUCGUUGAGAAAGAUAGAGAGAGGAGGUUGACUGAUGGCAAUCUUGAUAUCUCUAAAUUAGUAAACAUUAAACUUAUCCAUCGUGAGGGAAAUGCUGUCAUCCGACGCCAUUUAGAAAGUCUUCCUUUGGAAACGUUUGAUUCGAUAUUGAUUCUUGCAGAUGCAUCUCUUGAAGACUCUAUCGUUCAUUCUGAUUCCCGGUCCCUUGCCACCCUCCUCCUCAUCCGAGAUAUUCAGUCAAAACGUCUUCCGUACAAAAAUCCAAAAUCAAUGCCACUACGCCAUGCUGCUUUCUCCCAGACAUCAUGGAUUCGUGAAAUGCAACAAGCGUCUGACAAGUCAAUAAUUAUAAGCGAGAUAUUGGACUCGAGGACCAGAAACCUUGUCUCGGUUUCCAGGAUUAGUGACUAUGUGCUUUCAAAUGAACUGGUAAGCAUGGCUCUAGCUAUGGUAGCUGAAGACAAACAAAUAAACCGGGUCCUUGAAGAACUCUUUGCAGAAGAGGGAAAUGAGCUGUGCAUCAAACCAGCAGAGUUCUACUUAUAUGACAAGGAAGAAAUCUGUUUCUUUGACAUAAUGGUACGAGGCCGUCAAAGGCGGGAGGUUGUGAUCGGAUACCGCCUUUCUGCCACGGAGCGUGCCGUCAUUAACCCUUCCAACAAGUCGGUCCCACGCAAAUGGUCCAUCGACGAUGUUUUUGUUGUUCUUUCAUCGUGUGGAUGAUGACAUCUAACGUGGCACGACCCCGAGAUGAGGCGAUACGUUUGCAAGCCAAGUGGGGUGCCAUGAAAAGCCGCAGUUGCAGGAAUUUGUAGCUAGGUGUGGAGGAAGAAGAAAGAGGAAAGAAUCGUCAUUUUUUAUAAAAAUACUAGUAAUAGUAUAUAUCUGUCAAUUUACUUACAACUAUGAAACUGUUGUGCAUGCAAACAAAUUAAAGUCUCUGCAUGAACAUUAAAUAUUCAUUGUAAAA